AUGGUGUUUACCUUCCAGACAGGUCUCCUCGCCCAGACCACCAGGACCCCCGUGUCCACGAGGAUGGCUCAGAUGGCUCAAGUGCAGGAACUCUUCCACGAGGCAGCCCAGCAGGGGGCCCUGGCCCAGCCCCAGCCCUGGUGGAAGAUCCAGCUGUUCGUAUGGGAACCUGUGCUGUUUGGGACCUGGGAUGGUGUGUUCACGUCCUGCAUGAUCAACAUUUUCGGGGUCGUGCUUUUCUUGAGGACUGGCUGGCUGGUGGGGAACACCGGAGUGCUGCUGGGCAUGCUUCUGGUGUCUGCCGUCGUGCUCGUGGCCCUGGUCACUGUGCUGUCCGGCAUCGGCGUCGGGGAGCGCUGCGGCGUGGGCAGCGGCGGCGUCUACUCCAUGGUCGCCUCGGUCCUCGGCGGGCAGACGGGAGGCACGGUGGGGCUGCUGUACGUGUUCGGCCAGUGUGUUGCAGGUGCCAUGUACAUCACCGGCUUCUCUGAAUCCAUCUCGGAUUUGCUGGGCCUCAGGAAUAUUUGGGCUGUGCGAGGAAUUUCAGUUGCAGUGCUUCUGGCCUUGCUGGGGAUUAACCUAGCAGGUGUCAAGUGGAUAAUCCGCCUCCAGCUGCUGCUGCUGUUCCUGCUGGCUGUGUCCACACUGGACUUUGUGGUGGGCUCUUUCACCCACUUGGACCCAGAGCAUGGUUUUAUUGGAUAUUCACCGGAACUGCUACAGAACAACGCUCUGCCAGAUUACAGCCCCGGGGAGUCUUUUUUCACUGUCUUUGGCGUGUUCUUCCCAGCGGCUACAGGAGUCAUGGCCGGCUUCAACAUGGGGGGCGACCUCAGGGAGCCUGCUGCCAGCAUCCCCCUGGGCUCACUAGCAGCUGUUGGCAUCUCGUGGUUUCUGUACAUCAUCUUCACCUUCCUGCUUGGCGCCAUCUGUACCCGAGAGGCCCUGCGCUAUGACUUCCUGAUAGCUGAAAAGGUGUCCCUCGUGGGCUUCCUGUUCCUUUUGGGCUUAUACAUCUCAUCCCUGGCCUCCUGCAUGGGAGGACUCUAUGCAGCCCCCCGGAUCCUGCAGUGCAUUGCCCAGGAGAAAGUGAUUCCUGCACUUGCCUGUCUGGGACAAGGGAAAGGGCCAAAUAAAACACCUGUAGCUGCCAUCUGCCUAACCAGCUUGGUGACCAUGGCCUUUGUCCUUGUGGGUCAGGUGAAUGUUCUGGCCCCCAUCGUCACCAUCAACUUUAUGCUGACAUACAUCGCGGUGGACUACUCUUACUUCUCCCUGUGCAUGUGUCCCUGCAGCCCCCGCCAUGUGCCUGAGCCAGUGCUUAGGGAGGGCAUGGACACUCUCCACUGCUCUCAGCACCUGCUGAUGGAGAAGGCUUCUGGCUAUGGUUCCGAGAACACUGCCCAAAGUUCCUUUGAGGGCACUCUGCUGGAAUUCACCAAGGACAUGGAUCAGCUCCUCCAGCUCACCAGGAACCUUGAGAGUAGCCAGCCCAGGCAAGGAGAGGGUGAUGGGAUCCCAGAGAGUCCAAAGAGGAAAUGCAAGAAGGCCUCCAAGCAAACCCUUCAAGAUAGCUUCCUCUUGGACCUUAAGUCCCCUACUUCCUUCCCUCCUGAGAGCUCUGAGAGGUUGUCCACUGCCUCCUGGGAGGGGCAGGAGUCCUACUGGAGCAAGCAGACUUCCAGGAGUGGAAGGACUCAGCCUGAGGGAAUGUAUGGAGAACAACUUGUCCCUGAGCUGUGUGAUCAGCCCAGGCCAAGUGGAGAAGAUUUUUCCCUGAAGUCCAGGCUCCAGGAACAAGAUGUCCAGUGGAGACCAACUUCUUUCUCCACCCGCAUGUGCAACCCCUGGGUCUCCUUGUUGGGGGCUGUUGGGUCCCUUCUCAUCAUGCUUGUAAUCCAGUGGGUCUAUACUCUGGUUAACAUGGGUGUUGCUGCCAUUGUGUAUUUCUACAUUGGCCGGGCCAGUCCAGGGCUUUACCUUGGAUCAGCCUCCAACUUCAGCUUCUUCCAGUGGAUGAAGUCUCUUCUGAUCCCUUCCUGCAGGAGCAUGCGGUCCCACCAGGAGCAGAUUGUUCUGGCACCAUCCCUGGCUAGGGUUGACAUGGCGAUGACUCAGCUCACCCAGGAGAACGCAGACUUUGCCACUCGGGAUCGCUACCACCACUCCUCCCGCGUGAGUCGGGAGCAGCUGAUGCCUCAGUACUAG